AUGUGGACUCUCCCCAAAAGCAAAACUUGUGAGGUGUACUGCGUCUCAGCGCAUGGACACUCUGGCUACCCAGCUUCACAGGGAGAUGGGGAGUUCAGGGAGCCCACCCAGUCAUCAAGCACCCCUACAAAACCUGGGGACCAGGUAGAGCAGAGCGCUCCAGCGUGUUGUUCCUGGAGGAGAUGGAUGCUAAGUCUCAUACCCUUGUUUCCCUUCACUGCUGCCAUUGCACUGACUCUCCACUACGUAACAUCCCCGCCUUGCUCAGUGUUCUUCCUUGGAGGGAGUGUGGAGUUCCCAAACCUGAGCUUCUCCUCGGAGCUGAUCGACUCCACCUCGCCCCAGUUCCGCCUGCAGGCUCAGGCUUUGAACCAUUAUUUCUCAGAUGUGUAUGAGUCCACGCCAUGGAGCUCUUACCACUUGUGCUCAGGAAUUACUGCCUUCAGUGAAGGAGCAGAGGGGCUUAACGUAUUCUACUGGAGUAAAUUCUCCGCCCCACAAGACAUCGCCACGGAAAUCCAGAGGUGCAGCCCAGAAAGACUGCAGCGCAGACUCCCUGGCAGCAACAAAGUUCAGCGACAUAAUGAGCAGCGAUACUACAUGGAGCGAAACGAUGACACGCUCCAUUUGCUGGGCUUGGACCCUGAUGACUUUGAGCCAGAAGAUAAAUCCGAUAAGAUGAAAAAUCCAAAUAGUAUCCAGGGUGGGAAAUGGCAGCUUGGCUUCCAAGCAAUGUCCUUUGACCUCUAUGCUAAGUAUGGGAGCAACCGUUCUCUCGGCCUCGUGAACCCCAAAAAGCCAUACUACCAGUGGCGCCUUCGUGUGCCAUCGGGUCACGUGGUUCGACUGGUCGUCCUCACCCUCCACGGCGCCACGCCAGGAAGCUGUACUGCCCACAAGCUCUCUGCAUAUGACUUCUUACUUCCUUUGCAGAACAAAAUAAUUGCCAGGUGGUGUGGGCUGCCUCUUUCAGGCUCAUCUCCCGUCAUGAAGUUGACGUCCUCUGGAAAUGUGAUGUUGGUCACGUUCUCCUUCAGCAGGCAGCGGGAAGGAGCCAUCUUCAAAGCAUACUUCCAGGCUGUCCCUAAAGCAGGUUGUGGAGGAUCCAUUUCCUCCUGGAAUGGCUCUAUUUCCUCACCGUACUAUCCAACCUAUUAUCCUCCAAAUAUAGACUGCAUUUGGACUUUACGGGUGCCGUUGCCAGGAUACCUCAUCUCUUUGACGAUUGUUAAGAUGGACAUUCAGGACUCUCCAUCAUCAGACGGCUGUGAGAAAGACUGGCUGGACAUCGGCGGAGUGAAACUGUGUAAUCCAGUGUCAGACAGCAGCAGAAAGCGAGUGUACUCCUCUCCUCUCUCAAUACACUUCCACUCUGACGAGUCUCUCACACAUAAGGGCUUCUACUUGCUGUACCGAGCCUUCUCCCCAGAGGGCACUUGUCCACGGCAGUUUCGCUGUGGAGAUGGUCGCUGUAUACCUCUAAGGAAGGUCUGUGAUGGCGAGAAGGAUUGCAAAGAUGGACGGGACGAAGCCAAAUGCUCAUCCUGCAGGCCAGGUGAACUGAUAUGUACGAAUGGCCAGUGCAAACCUCAGAGCAGCCAGUGUGUCAGUCCCUGUGCAGACAGCAGCGAAGAGGGCGCCUGUGGAGGUAAAUGUUACCACGUUUGCCCUAAUAAAAUGUGUUUGCCAAAGUCAUCAGUGUGCGAUGGCAUCAUUGACUGCAAAGACCGCAGUGAUGAAUUCAACUGCACUAGAGCAUAUGUCAAAGGUUGCUCACUGUCCUCCUACAAAUGUGCCAACGGAAAGUGUGUCAGUAAGGUCAAUCCUGAGUGUGAUGGAGUGAAAGACUGCUACGAUGGCUCUGAUGAAAUGCGCUGUGGCUGUGGUACCAGGCCCAGGAAGCGAACUAAGAUAGUGGGAGGCUCUGACGCCGUGGCCGGCUCGUGGCCCUGGCAGGUCAGCCUCCAGAUGGAUCGCUACGGCCACGUCUGUGGAGCCACACUGGUCUCCAACCGCUGGCUCAUCUCUGCAGCUCACUGCUUCCAGGACUCGGAUGCCAUCAAAUACUCGGACACUCGUGCAUGGCGGGCUUACAUGGGGUUGCGCGUGAUGACCAGGGGGAACCACGGAGCGGCCCCCCGACUGAUCCGGCGGAUCCUCCUCCACCCACAGUACGACCAGUUCACGUCCGAUUACGACAUUGCCCUCCUGGAGCUCAGCGCACCUGUCUUCUUCAGUGAGCUGGUGCAGCCUGUGUGUGUUCCCGCCUCCUCACACACUUUUACAACUGGCACCAGCUGCUUCGUCACAGGUUGGGGGGUUCUCAUGGAGGACGGUGAACUGGCCUCCCGCUUACAAGAGGCCUCAGUGAAGAUCAUAAACAGGAACACCUGUAACAAGCUGUAUGAUGAUGCUGUCACUCCCAGGAUGCUGUGCGCUGGGAACCUGCAGGGAGGAGUUGAUGCCUGUCAGGGUGACUCGGGAGGCCCGCUGGUGUGCCUGGAGCGAGGCAGGCGCUGGUUCUUGGCGGGGAUUGUAAGCUGGGGUGAGGGCUGCGCCAGGCAGAACCGUCCUGGUGUUUAUACGCAGGUGGUCAAGUUCAGCGACUGGAUCCGCCAGCAGACCAAAGGACAGGUGUGACGGAACAUCCCUCUCACAUGAGCCAAGCAAUGAAGAUAAGACUCAGGACGUUUCAGCCCUGAAGUCUGCCUUCAGAUUCCUGCCAUGGGUGCACGACUUUCAGUCAGUUUACAGGAAGUUGGCGGAUGUCGAGGAGGAAACCGGAGGAAGCUUCAUCCCAACUCCAAGCCAGUCACCAUCCUCUCCAACAGCAAACAAUGACGACUAUGAUGGCAUGCUUAAAAGAAAGACCGUAAACUGAUUGUUACAUCUACUUUGGAUAGCUACAUCUAUUUUUUUGCACAAGAACAAAAUAACAUGUUACUACAGAAUUUUUUUUAAUUGUUUUUUGUUGUUGUUACUGUUGUUGUUGUUUUUUCUGUGUGCAUGUAUGCAGAUUAUUUUGUCUUUUUUUUUAUGAAUGAGAAAACCAGAGUGUUUUAGACAGAUUAUGAACAAUGUCUUACGUUGAAGAGAAUUCAUUUAUUAUUUACACCUGCUUAUUCCUAUUUUUGGUUGCAUGGAUCUACUGGAGCUGAGUUAUAAAGACUUUUAUGGAUUCUUUUUUUUUAAUUUUGAAGAAAAACUGCAUAUUAAAAGAUAGUCAAAAGCCCUAAAAGUUGUAUAUGAUAUUUUUAAUAGGAAGAGAAAGUUCA